UAAACCUCAGAUCUCUUAAACACUAAAGAGGGUCUGUGUGGGUUACAGGGGAUGGUGUCUGGGAAAUGGCUUUGAACUUGGUCACAGACAUCUCAUCUAAGACUUCAUUGAACUUUAUCCAUGCACAGAUCCCUAUGGCCAGCCCCAGCAAAUGUCCAACAGCAGCUCCAUCAGCCACUUCCUCCUGCUGGCAUUGGCAGACACGCGGCAGCUGCAGCUCCUGCACUUCUGCCUCUUGCUGGGCAUCUCCCUGGCUGCCCUCCUGGGCAACGGCCUCAUCAUCAGCGCCGUAGCCUGCGGCCACCACCUGCACACGCCCAUGUUCUUCUUCCUGCUCAACCUGGCCCUCAGCGACCUGGACUCCAUCUGCACCACUGUCCCCAAAGCCAUGCACAAUUCCCUCUGGGACACCAGGAACAUCUCCUACACAGGAUGUGCUGCACAGCUCUUUUUAUUUCUGUUCUUCAUCUCAGCAGAGAUUAAUCUUCUGAUCAUCAUGUGCUACGACCGCUACGUGUCCAUCUGCAAACCCCUGCACUACGGGACCCUCCUGGGCAGCAGAGCUUGUGCCCACAUGGCAGCAGCUGCCUGGGCCAGUGCCUUUCUCCAUGCUCUCAUGCACACAGCCAAUACAUUUUCCCUGCCCCUGUGCCAUGGCAAUGCCCUGGGCCAGUUCUUCUGUGAAAUCCCCCAGAUUCUCAAGCUCUCCUGCUCCAAAUCCUACCUCAAGGAAUCUGGACUUCUUGUGUUUUCCAUCUCUUUAGUAUUUUGCUGUUUUGUGUUCAUUGUUUUCUCAUAUGUGCAGAUUUUCAGGGCUGUGCUGAGGAUCCCCUCUGACCAGGGAAGGCACAAAGCCUUUUCCACCUGCCUCCCUCACCUGGCUGUGCUCUCCCUAUUUAUAAGCACCUCAUUUUUUACCUACCUGAAGCCUCUUUCAAUGUCUUCCCCAUCCCUGGAUCUGGCCCUGUCGGUUCUGUACUCAGUGGUGCCUCCAUCCCUGAACCCUCUCAUCUACAGCCUGAGGAACCAGGAGCUCAAGGCUGCAGUGUGGAGACUGAUGACUGGAUGCUUUCAGAAACAUUAAACUGCUGGCCAAUUUCUGAAAAUCACUUGUAAUAAAAGUA